AUGCCCUUCAUCAAGCUCUACUUCACUCCUGCACUGCUGCUCCUGGUGCUUGCCUGUCCUCUGUGGCAGGUCAGCCAGUCUUUGCCUGUGAUGACUAAGGGGCCGAUGAUGGACUCCUGUGUUUUAUAUGCACGGACACUUCUAGAGAACAUCACUGAUGCACUCACACAGAAUAACCUGUUCAGUGGAAUUGACUGCAAGAAACAGAGUGUGGAGCUGAACAUGGAGACUAGCACACCAUCUGUGUGUGCACCAAAGGAGUCAACAUGUUCAGGAAUCGUUAAGUCAGAAUUUGAUCAGGAGAUGUGUCUGACAAACAUCAGGAAGGAUCUGCAUCACUACUACAAAUUUCUAGCUGCUCAGCCGGAUCCUGACAGUUUACUUGGUCCAACUGUUCUGUUCAGCCUCAGAGAACUCAUGGAGAACUGCUUUACAUGGUCUCUGCCAACAAACAUGGCCUCAAAAGAGGUUGCUGUAGACCGUCCAAGCACCUACGAUGAAAGACUGAGCCUCUGCAAAGUGUUGAAGGGCUUCCAGGUCCGCACCGUCACAAUCAACAGAGUCCUUGCAUACAUGAACUCUGGAGAACACACUAAAUAA